AUGGACGAGGAGGCGAAAGAGGAGCGCUUCGUGGAGGAGGCACCGCACCACGCGGGCGCAGGUGGGCCAACGAGGCCUCCACGUCAGCUGGUUCUUCGCACUGCACCCGCCUCGCGACGUGCCAUCGUGCUGCUGGGGGGCGAAGCGGCGACGGUGGAGAGGGAGGUCCCCCUCGCGUCCCUGGUGGGCUGGGGCGCCACCAACCUCGGCAUCGACCUCAACUUUGGCCCGGGAGUGCCGGGACUGUUCUUUGCGACGCGGCGAGCGUCGGAGGUGAGCGACGUGCUUCUGCGCACCCUCAGCCUCAUGCGCGACGAACGCGAGCGAGAGACGGCGAGCGCACCGUCACCAGCGGAAGAAGCAGAGGCAGGGGACGAGGCGCAGGUGACCAUCUCCAUCGAGCCCGUGCGGCCCGUCCCACCCUACGCGGGCACCAAAUACUGA